AUGGCCGUCGCAAUCAAACGCUCAGCCCUGCUAUGGCUGAUUUUCUUGCAGACUCCUGCUUCUGCAGCAUACGUGCCGCAGGAGCUGAUGGUCCGCAGUUCGGCGACGAGCUCCGGGUGCCUCUUAUUGCAAGGCUCCGAGCUGAAGUGCUGGGGGUACAACAGUCACGGGCAGCUCGGCUUGGGCGAUACAGACAACAGAGGAGACAGUUCAAGCAGCAUGAUCGCCGUAACCCCGGUGCUUGACUUGGGUGGAACGCCGACACAUGUGUGCACAGGCGAGCUGCAUGCCUGCGCGGUGCUGGAUGACAGCUCUCUCAAGUGCUGGGGCCAUGGAAGUGAGGGCCAAACGGGACAGGGAGACCAACUGACCCGUGGUGAUGCUGCAGGUGAGAUGGGUGAAAACCUUCCUGCAGUGGAUGUGGGUUCAGGGCGUACCGUUUCAAAGGUGGCAUGUGGAGACACAUGGACAUGCAUGGUCCUCGACAACGGUGCCGUGAAAUGCAUGGGAAGAGGCCACUACGAGCGCAUUGGCAACGGCCUAUCGCCACACAUGAUGGGACAUGCUCCCGAAUACAUCGGAGACCAUUUGCCGGAAGUGAACUUAGGAACUACAGCAACCGACGUGUUCGCAUCCUUCUGGCAUUCUUGUGCCAUCCUGACGGAUGGUUCGGCCAAAUGCUGGGGCCGUCCAGACAACGGCAUGCUCGGCAAGAAUAGUCAGGCACGCCUGGGCUUCGAUACCAUCGAUGUGGGAGCAGGUCGCACGGUGACCCAAAUGGCGCUGGCAGAGUAUGCCACAUGCGUCCUACUCGAUGAUAGCACCGUGAAGUGCUUCGGACGUGCUUCUGACUCCAAGGGUGUCCUGGGAUAUGGAGACACGCAGAACCGAGCCAGCACAGAUGCUCCAGUCGUUGAUCUGGGUACUGGAAAGACAGCGAAGCAAAUCACUGCCGGCCGUUACCAUGUGUGUGCCAUUCUGAACGAUGACACCCUGAAAUGCUGGGGGGAUGGCACGACGUAUGGUGUUUUGGGUGGAACCGUCGCAACGGUUGGUGAUGGGCCGAAUGAAAUGGGAGACUUUCUUCCGCCAGUCGACGUGGGCAGUGGCAGGACCGUGAACCAGGUCUCUGCAGGUGAGUACAACGUCUGUGCUCUGUUGGACGACAAUGCAGUCAAAUGCUGGGGACGAGGUGACUUUGGAACCAACGGCUUGGGAGACACGGCGCAUGUCGGGAUUAACUCGGGCGAGAUGGGAGACAACUUGCCAGACAUCGAUUUCGGAGCCCCACCAACGACAACGACUACUUCCACAACGACUACGGUCGGCCCGCCUACGUACAUACCGCACGAGCUGAUGGUCCGCAGUGCAGCGACGAGCUCGGGGUGUGUUUUGAUGCAUAACUUCGAGUUGAAGUGCUGGGGGUACAACAGUCACGGGCAGCUCGGCUUGGGCGAUACCGACAACAGAGGAGACAGUUCAAGCAGCAUGAUCGCCGUCACCCCGGUGCUUGACUUGGGUGGAACGCCGACACAUGUGUGCACAGGCGAGCUGCACGCCUGCGCGGUGCUGGAUGACAGCUCUCUCAAGUGCUGGGGCCAUGGAAGUCAGGGCCAAACGGGACAGGGAGACCAACUGACCCGUGGUGAUGCUGCAGGUGAGAUGGGUGAAAACCUUCCUGCAGUGGAUGUGGGUUCAGGGCGUACCGUUUCAAAGGUGGCAUGUGGAGACACAUGGACAUGCAUGGUCCUCGACAACGGUGCCGUGAAAUGCAUGGGAAGAGGCCACUACGAGCGCAUUGGCAACGGCCUAUCGCCACACAUGAUGGGACAUGCUCCCGAAUACAUCGGAGACCAUUUGCCGGAAGUGAACUUAGGAACUACAGCAACCGACGUGUUCGCAUCCUUCUGGCAUUCUUGUGCCAUCCUGACGGAUGGUUCGGCCAAAUGCUGGGGCCGUGCAGACAACGGCAUGCUCGGCAAGAACAGUCAGGCACGCCUGGGCUUCGAUACCAUCGAUGUGGGAGCAGGUCGCACGGUGACCCAAAUGGCGCUGGCAGAGUAUGCCACAUGCGUCCUACUCGAUGAUAGCACCGUGAAGUGCUUCGGACGUGCUUCUGACUCCAAGGGUGUCCUGGGAUAUGGAGACACGCAGAACCGAGCCAGCACAGAUGCUCCAGUCGUUGAUCUGGGCACUGGAAAGACAGCGAAGCAAAUCACUGCCGGCCGUUACCAUGUGUGUGCCAUUCUGAACGAUGACACCCUGAAAUGUUGGGGGGAUGGCACGACGUAUGGUGUUUUGGGUGGAACCGUCGCAACGGUUGGUGAUGGGCCGAAUGAAAUGGGUCUCUGCAGGUGA